UGAAGGGAGGGAGGGACAGACAGAGGAUAGCUGAGCUUUGCAGCUAAACAAUCCUGUUUGGUGGCCUACCUUGUUCUUUCUCACACCUUGAUGAAGACUUCGACUGUACGGAUUUCAAAAUAAAAACAAAAAUCCAGCUCUUAAAUGUGACCAUCACCAUCAAUCAAUGCCGUCUCAAGGUCAAGAAGAAUAGCCAUGAACAACCCCACCCCCGAAAUAGUGGCGGGACACCCUGCUGGACUUGUUGUGGAUAAAGAUGCUACUUCAGAGACAGCAUUGGGGGGCGCCUACUCUCCGGUGGACUAUAUGAGCAUCACAAGCUUUCCCAGACUGCCAGAGGACGAGAUGGUGUCUUGCGACAACGCCGCAAAAUCUCGCAAAGAUGAGGACAACAUCUUGGGCGACCAAGAGACAGACCCAGAUGGAUUUUUAAAGUCUGCUCGUCUCCGGCGUCUCCCAUCCUCAGCUUCUGACCUGGCCUACCAUGAUGCUGUAUCUCUGAGGGAAACCACUAGCGACCCUUUUACUCAAGAUUGUGCCUGCCAGCGGGAUGGACUGACCGUCAUCAUCACUGCAUGUCUCACCUUCGCCAUAGGAGUCACUGUAGCUCUCGUCAUGCAGAUCUACUUUGGAGAACCCCAGGUUUUUCACCAAGGAGCAGUGGUGACAGAUGUGGCUCGGUGUACAUCCCUUGGGUUUGAAGUUUUAGGGAAGCAAGGGUCCAGCGUUGAUGCUGCUAUCACGGCUGCGCUCUGUUUGGGGAUCGUCCACCCUCACACCUCUGGUUUAGGAGGUGGGGGAGUUAUGUUGGUGCAUGACAUCUGGAAGAAUGAGACACGGGUCAUUGACUUCCGAGAGACAGCGCCAUCUGCCAUUCGGGAAGAGCUACUACAGACAAACAUUGAGCAGAAUCCAGGUUUGCUUGUUGGAGUACCAGGUUUACUCAGCGGGAUGCAUCAGGCACACCAGCUUUAUGGCAGAUUACAGUGGAAAGACGUGGUUACCAUGGCAGCGGAUGUGGCCAGAAAUGGAUUCAAUAUCACACAUGACUUAGCUGAAGCGCUCGCUAAUAUUAAAGACCAGAACAUUUCGGCUGCAUUUCGGGAUCUCUUCCUCCCUAAUGGCCAGGCUCCACUCUCUGGGUUGCUGAGCAGACGCCCUGAUUUAGCGAGCAUCUUAGAUGCUGUUGCAGUCAGAGGGAUAUCGGAAUUCUACAGUGGGAACUUGACGCAGGAAAUGGCUGCUGCGGUGCAAGCAAGUGGUGGAGUGCUCACAGAAGAUGACUUUGGUAACUACAGCACUGUCCUACAGCAACCAGCCCACAUCAACUAUCAGGGACACCAUGUGAUGGUGGCUCCAGCCCCUCAUGCAGGUAUCGGCCUGAUCACUGCCCUUAACAUCCUGGAAGGUUACAACAUCACCAACCAGGUGCCCAGAAACAGCACUUAUCAUUGGACUGCAGAGUCUGUGAAGAUAGCUCUGGCACUGGUGAGUGGCCUGGGAGACCCCAUGUUUGACACUUCAGUCUCAGAGACGGUCAACAAGAUGUUGAGCAAGCCACAGGCGUCCUUACUCCGCCAAAUGAUCAAUGACUCUCAGGCGUUUCCUGCCAGCCAUUACGUGCCAUCAUUUAGUUUGGAGGAAGGUGCAGUAGCUGCCCAGGUCAUGGUCAUGGGCCCAGAUGACCACAUUGUCUCCUUCGUAAGCUCCCUGAAUAAACCAUUUGGAAGUGGGAUAGUGACUCCUUCUGGGAUCAUUUUCAACAGCCAAAUAUUGGCCUUUUCUUGGCCUAAUAAAACCCAAAGCCCCAAACCUAACCCUCAUAACAGCCUCCAGCCUGGGAAGAGGCCAUUGUCCUUCCUGAUGCCCACAGCAGUGAGGCCAGCCAUCGGGUUGUGCGGUACCUACGUUGCGGUUGGAUCCUCCAAUGGAGCAAAAGCUCUUAGUGGCAUCACACAGGUGCUGCUAAAUGUUCUCUCCUCACGUAAAAACAUGAGCGACAGUUUAGCGUAUGGUAGACUCCACCCACAGCUGCAGCAAGAAACUCUUCUAGUGGACUCUGAAUUUCUAGAUGAAGAUGUUGAGCUGCUUCAGGCCAAGGGUCACAAAGUUGAAAGGAUAGAAGUUUUGUCAUUGGUGGAAGGCACCCGGAGAACUAAUGAUAUCAUCAUUGGUGUGACGGACCCCCGUAGUGCUGAUGCCUCAGCCCUGACCAUGUACAAGACUUAGUACUGUAGUCUUAAAAUACCACUUAAUAAUUUGGGCACUGAACAAAUAGCGAUAGUCUGUUCUCACAACUAUGUGCAAUUUUAAAUAAUUAUUAUCUGUUGCUGAGACUGACAGAUUUUUAUUUAUUUAUGAUAGUUCAGCUUCUAAGGUAUAUAGUAGUUAAAAUACUAUACUCUUCCCCACACAAUGUCAUUCAUCAUUGUUUGUUGAGCAUAUUAACAGGUAUAUAAAGCCACAAAAUUGAUUUUCCAAUUCAGAUCUGGUGCAUUCCAGUUCAGCUGAAAUUAUUUUUUUAAAUAAAAAUGUAAUUAUGGGUAUGUUUGUGCUGAUAUAAAAAGUUAAUGUAUAGCCAGCAUCCAUGCUGUACAAUGCUUUGUGGCAUGUUGAGCAUUUUAAGAAGAUACUAUUCAUGCAAGUGAUUUAUUAUUGUUGCACUCGUAACUGUUCAUAAAAAUCAAACUGAUAUUUAAAAUGGUUAGAUGAUAAUUGUCCCACUUACAAAAGUACGUAUUUGCUGUGAAAUAUUGACAUGUCAUUCACACAAACGAGUGGAGAAAUAUAGAUGAAAAUGGAAUGUUAAUGGUCAAUUGUGUGCAGUGUUGGGUUAGUUACUGAAAACCAGUAACUAGUUACAGUUACUAGUUACUUUAUUUCAAAAGUAACUCAGGUACUAGCUCAGUUACUUACACCAAAAAGUAAUACGUUACUGUGAAAAGUAACUUUUUAGUUACUUAUUUUUUUCUUCUUUUUUUUUAAAGCUCCCAUUAAUGCCCUUUUAGCCUUCGUUUCAAUACUGUUAUUGCACUGGAGAAUAAUACAAUCUGUUGAUCAACUUGACAUGCAUUUUUAUCUUCUUUUAACAUAAUUAUUGAAAAACAGUGCAACAUAAAAAGGCAUUCUCCUUUCUUUAAACUUGGACCAAUGACCAUUAAUAAAAAACAACUUAAGUGCAAUGUAAGAAGGCACAUCAUCUUUCUUGAAACAUAGGUAAAGCUGUAGUCCCAACACUGAUUGUGUGUGUAUAUAUGUAGAUGUACAGUAAUUUCAGAGAUACUGUAUACUUCUUGUGUUUACAGUUGCUGGGGGUGUUUUGUAACUGGCAUUGAAGCAUUAUUUGUGAAUUUACUACAAUCUGUCUAUUUUUAUAAUAAAUAUAUGGUUGUUGACAUUAAGUUUUCUAUCACCACAAGUUUGUAGAAAAGUUGUACAUUUCUUUUUGGACGUGUUGAUUUGUGGGAGCGUAAAGGUGAUGCACCUCAAUGUGACCUGUUAAGAGACGUCAGAAACAAAUACACCAUACCAUACUGUUUUUGUGAACUUUGUGAAGUUAUGUAAAACCAAUAUAGAUUGUGAAGUUUUCUAAAGUGGUUUUAUGUUAUUCCAGACUGCUCCUAAUCCAAAAUGAACUUCUUCUUCUUGUGAGUGAGGAUGCAAUAUAGAUUUUUAUGCUGGUUGUGUGUUCUGUAGAUGGUCAUGCGCACAUUUGCACAAUAUUUGAUGUUUGAUUUCAUGUGAUUGUUAUUGUUUUGAAAAUAAACAUAAUCAACUCUUCCACAAAUAGUACAAUGUGAGUCUGCUGUACUAUUAUUUUGAAUGUUAAUUUUAGCAACCAACUGU